AUGCUUAACAAAUUAUCAAAAACCUCUGAUCUAAUUGACCUUUUCCCCAAUGGUGCCAGCGUUGGCUGGUCCGGCUUUACAGGUGUUGGCUAUCCGAAAAAGGUUCCCACCGCCCUUGCCGAUCAUGUGGAGAAGAACAAAUUACAAGGGAAGCUCAAGUACUCCUUGUUUGUAGGAGCGUCCAGCGGAGCAGAGACGGAAAAUAGAUGGGCAAGGUUGGACAUGAUUGAGCGUCGGAGUCCUCAUCAAGUUGGGAAAGAGAUUGCAAAAGGCAUCAAUGAGGGCAGGAUACAUUUUUUCGACAAGCAUCUAAGCAUGUUCCCCGUGGACUUGAUGUACGGUUACUACACGAAAGACAAGCCAAACAAAAAAAUAGAUGUGGUCAUUGUGGAGGCUUCAGCUAUCACGGAAGACGGAGGCAUCAUUCCUGGUGCAAGUGUGGGAGCGUCCCCAGAGCUCAUACAAAUGGCAGACAAGAUUAUCAUAGAAGUGAAUACAGCCAUGCCAAGUUUUGAAGGACUACACGACAUUACGAUGACUGAUCUGCCGCCGCGAAGGAAGCCUUAUCUCAUUAUGUCUCCUGAAGAUCGGAUUGGGACCGCUCAUAUUCCAGUCGAUCCGGAGAAAGUUGUGGCCAUUGUCGAGAGCGACUACCCUGAUCAGACGCAAGGAAAUGCUCCUGAGGACGAUACAUCCAGGGCUAUCGCUGCACAUCUGAUCGAAUUCCUGAAGCAUGAAGUUGCACAAGAUAGGCUUCCCAAGAGCCUAUUGCCCAUACAGUCUGGCAUUGGAAACAUUGCGAAUGCUGUAGUAGGGGGUCUAGCCCACGGGAAUAAUUUCGAUAAGCUCAAGGUUUGGACGGAGGUGCUUCAAGACUCCUUCCUAGACCUCUUCGACAGCGGUCAUCUCGACUUCGCAACUGCAACAUCGAUCAGGUUCUCUCCUGAUGGGUUUAAGAGAUUCUAUGAUGGCUGGGAGAAUUAUGCUGGGAAGCUGCUCUUGCGGUCCCAACAAGUCUCCAACUCACCUGAGAUCAUUCGACGAUUGGGAGUCAUUGGCAUGAACACCCCUGUCGAAGUUGAUAUUUAUGCCCAUGCUAACUCGACUUGUGUCAUGGGCUCGAGAAUGUUGAAUGGCUUGGGAGGUUCUGCAGACUUCUUGCGAAGUGCGAAGAUUAGUGUUAUGCACACACCAUCGACUCGCCCAUCCAAGACAGACCCCACAGGCGUCUCAUGCAUUGUUCCAAUGUGCACGCACGUGGAUCAGACUGAGCACGAUCUCGACGUUGUUGUAACAGAACAAGGCCUUGCUGAUGUUCGUGGUCUUUCUCCUCGCGAGCGAGCCCGCGUCAUUAUCAAUAAAACAGCACAUCCAGACUACAAGCCCAUUCUGCUGGACUACUUUGAGCGAGCAGAAUAUGAGUGUCUAAAGAAGGGCUGGGGUCACGAGCCUCAUAUGCUCUGGCAGACUUUCAAAAUGCAUAAGGAGCUCAACGACCAUGGGACUAUGAAGAUAAAGAACUGGGAUCCUUGA